AAUAUUAAUUUUAAAAAUCAUGUAUUAAAAACAUCGCUAAUCAGUGCUAAGGGAGUGGCCAAAACCAUUUCGCACAGUGCGUGUGCAAAUUAAAUGUGUGUCGUUUGUUAAAUACUUUGUAAAAACGCCUGCACACAGAAAGGAGUAGUACACACAUAUAGACGACGAUGUCUCUAUACUACAAGUAAAUGAAUGAAAGUGUGUGUGUAUAUGUAGGCGAAGGCGACCAACCAACUAUGUGUGUGGCAUGUGCAGCUAGUAUAUGGGUGUGUGUGUGUGGUGCGCGCUGCUAGUCGUCGUCGCACAACUGAAAGAAUCAAUAAAGGAUGUGCUGUAGAUUUUUGCAAAAGCGCAAAGGAAAAACGACGAGGAUGAUGUCUGUGAAAAAUCAUUAAAUUUAGUUCCAAAUUGCAUCAACAAUAAUAACAACUACAGCGACAUAUAUACAUACGUUCAAUUGUACAACAUUAAAAAUUGUAUUUUGUAUUUAUGGUUCAUCAAUGAAGUUGAAAUAACGGUACAAUCUCUUCUGCAAAUAACCAAAAUGCGUAUGCGGUCCUAAACGAAGAGACGAGGAAAGUGUGGAGUAAAAUUAAUUUCGAGUGCAGCGAGAAUCUAAUAAAAUAAUAAUUAAAAGGCGAGAAAAAAUCAAUCAAUUAACACAAUCAGUAAGCAGCAGCAGUAGCAGCAGCAACAACAACAACAACCGAUUCAUCGUUGCGUACAACAAUAAUAAUAACAACACACACAAUGAAUUACUUCAUUGUAAUUAUGAUGCUGGUGCCAAUUGCACACCACAAUAUCGUCAAUUGCGUUGAGGUGCACUUCGAGGCCCCUGACAGCGGCUUCUUCUUGAAGCAUGCACGCCAACCACCUGUGACGCCCGAAAUAGCUAACAUACAGACCUCGUCGUCCCUACCGCCCAUUAAGACGCGCACCUCCUAUGACUCGGUGUUGUCCCUCGAUCGAUUUACCGUUGUAGAGACCACGCAGCCGGUUUCGAUACGUGCCAGCUAUGGGCCAUUCUCCACCAAGCAGACAGUGCCGGCACGUUACAUUGUGCCCGACACCAUGGACAAUCAGGGCGACUAUAUAAAUAACUCCACCGCAACGCUGCUGGAACUACAGCAGCCGAACAUGCAUCUGGAUAUAUCGGCGCAUCUGGUGCGCGCCACUGUCUCGCAGGAUUCGCCUGUGUUGCGUGUGCUCUUCCAUGCUGGCGCCGAUCCUGGUGGCCAUUUGCAGCGUCAGAAGGUCUGUGUCCUGCUCCAUGUAGCUAUGGGUUCAGAGUUGCCCCUAAAGGGUCGCUGUAUGCCCGAGGGCGAGGAUGGAGUGUGCGUGGCCGAGGUUGUCGUCCCACUGAGCUGGUGGCCUCAACUGCCAGCGCCCACCAAGGAUAGCGUCCCGAUUCCUCCAUUAAAAGUGCCGCAACGUUAUGCUCAAGUCUCGUAUAGCGUAUUUGAGCCUCCAUUGCGCAAUCCGGAAAUGUGUGAGCCGAAGGUGCAAAUCCAGCCGUUGACCACAUUCGCACAGGUGCCUCUGGUGCCGGCCAAGACGCCAUUUAAGGAGCUGCGGGCCGACGAUUCGGUAACAUUUCUGCUGCCUCAGCAUCCGCUCUAUCCCAUGUCCAAACUGCAUGUGCCCGUCUUUCUGCAUCAGUAUCCGGAUCAGCGUGUGUCUGCCUUCACGGUCCGGGCUCGCGUCAAGGCGGGAUUGAAAAUAAUGGGCGCCACCGCCUCUAGUGAUCAGUGGAGCAUAUCCAUUGAGAAGGAAAAUCCCAAGCAUACCACAGCACGUGUGACAGCCUUCCGCAAGGAACAGGAAUCGAGCAUGGAGAGCAAAAGUGAAACUUCGGGAUCCGCAGGAGCAGGAAAUUUCAGCAAUGAGGUGUUUGAGGUCUUUUCUUGGCUGCUUGAGGUGGCCGAGGAUACCAACGAUAUAGUCGAUGGUGGAAAGAUUGUGUGGUCUGUGACACAGGUUUAUGAUGCACCCAAAGAUAAGGAUUCAGCAGAACUUAUAGCCACCGAUGACACUAAGAAGCGCCUGAUUGCCAAGCUUGAAAUUAAUAAAGACGAUAUACAAGCUGUGCUGCCAAUGGCCAAGAUUUGGGAGGUUAUGAACACCGCUGUUCUCACCGGCCGUCAAGUGGCGCAGGCCAUGAAGGUGUUUAUCGUAUCGCAGGCAGGAAAAGUGGCUGAUGUCACGCUACAGAGCUCGUGUCAUGCUGAGGAUGAGAGUGUCAUUAAGGUUUCGUCGUCGUGCAGCUCCGUUUAUGUGGAUGGCUCAGAGCAGCGGGGUUCCUCGAAUGCCUCUGUUAUUGUUAAAUAUGGUACCUAUGUGGGCGUGGCCAAAUUUAUUGUCUGGAUGCCCGAAUUCCCGCUAGAGGUUUACAUAUCCGAUUUUCGUUUGUCCCAAAUCAAGGGCUGGAAAGUAAACGAUGACAAUCAUUAUCUACACAAUAAGCAAUCGCGCCGCCGUAAGAAGCGUUCCUAUGUCUGGGGCCAACAUGGUGGUACUAACUACUAUAAUAAUGUGGGUGCCGACAAAACCAUUUGUCGCGCUCGCUAUCAACAAAGCCCCGUCGAAGUUUAUGCUAAAUUUCUGGCCAUUGAUCAGAAUUCUGGACGCAUUAGCUACUUUAUUUCACGUCGCACUGGCUUGCGUGUGACAGAUCUUGUGCAGCCCUUGAUGCGCGUUGCCGAUCCCAAGAUUGCUUCACUUAAGGGCCGCAUACUACAGGGCAAGUCAAUGGGCCGCACCGAUGUGCAGGUUCUCUCUCCCAUCACAGGACGAGUAAUUGGCACUAAGGAGAUUCGCGUGGGCAGUGACAAGGUCAACCUAAAUAAGUUGAUUGUGCGCGUAAUCUCAGGUCUUCAGUUAACCAUCACACCGGACAACACCAUUGAGAACGGCUACCUGGCAGAGACCUCUGUCACACACAAGCUGACCGCCCAAUAUCAGGAGGGGCUGCUGGACAUUGAUUUGGAGUUCUCCGAUGGCUCGAAAACGCCACUACGUGACAUUGCUGUUGACGAUUACUUCCUUUUGGUCGAGAGUCUGGACACAGAAGUUGUGGCCUUUGCCCCUAUGCUAGCCUCCCAUCAUCCGCGCGUGAUUGCUGUGGGCGAGGGCAAUGGCAAUCUAUUGCGUGUCACGCUGCUCCUCUCCGAGGAGUGUCGCACGCGACGCGGCACCAUCGCCGCAUCCAAGCAAAAUAAAUCCAAUGUAGCACCGCUGGCGAGUGCACAGGCGUCUAUCGAGGUGGAUUUCAAUAAUGUGGAUAUUGUCAGCAAACAGGAGGCCAUCCAGAAUGAUGGUACCGUGGGUCGUGAACGUAAGAAUUUCCGCAACAAUGGCGAUCUGGCGGAUAUAAUAGUUGGCAUACCACUGCGCGACUCUAGUCAACAGUAUGAGCCGACGGUGCAGGCACGUCAGCACCGUGGCAGCAUUCAGGCCGUCCACAAGUCGCCAUACGGCAAGAAGGGCAAUGGUAACAACAUGUCCUCCAUGGAGGUCGGCAUGUAUGUGCUGCUCACUGCCUUCUGCUUUGCCAUCAUUGUGUUUGUCAUCUCGUGUGUUGUUUAUGCAUCGAAAUUCCGUCCGGCCAUGAUUGAGUCGGGGCUGGAUCCGCUGGACGCGGGUAAGGGCGGUAACGGUGGCGCUUUUCGAGAUGCACGGGUCAAGGAGUCUACCACUAAUGCCCAUGAUUGGGUCUGGCUGGGUCGUUCCACUAUUGACAGGCAUUCCAUGGUUGCCGAUUCCAAUCCAUCGUCACAUAUUAAUCCCAGGGAUUCACGCAUGCGCAUUACGAACAAUCCCAUCAUUAGCUAUGACAAUGGCAGACGUGUCAGUUCCUUCGAUCAGCAGCCCAAGCUGCAGACCCACAUUGUGCCGCCCUCCAAUCUUAACAAGUUGCACACAGAGCACUACUUGGCGAACGAACGCAAGGAAAAUGCUUUGGACUAUAAACCACCGGUGCCACCGCAUCGCAAUGUUGGUGUGGCUGUGGGCGCUCGCGCUAUGUUGCCGCCACACAAUCAAACUGGCGCCAUUGCCGUCAUGCCACUUAAGGAAACUGUCGCCAAGAGUGGAGCAGUUGAGAAACGGCACAGCCAGCAGUACAAGCGUGAGCAUCAGCACAACGACAACAACAACGCCGAGCAGCAGCCGCAAUUACCACAACAACCGCCGGAACGUUCGCACCACCAGCAUCACCAUCAGCGCAGUCAUAGCCAUAGCCAUAACAAUUUCAUAAACAGUCAUCCAGUUGCCGCGUCGUAUCGCAGCACGCCCGAGCAUUCAGUGGAACAGAAAUUAACGGCAGCAGCUGUAGCGGUAGCUGCACUGCAACAACAGCAACAACUGCAGCAGCCACACAACAAAGUCAAGCAACAGCAAGAACAGCACGAGGAAAUGCAUAACGCUGAGAAACUAGUGGAGUACACAAAUCCACAUCAAAAGAAUGCAUUUCAAUUCGAUUCACUCACACCAAAGAGAGUAACCAAAGCAUCGGGAGCAGCAGUCGCAACCUCGGCGUUGGUGGCGCCGACAGAAGCUGCUCCAGCAGCCACAACAACAACCACACCACCAACAGCAACCGUGGCACCCACACCACAACUAAAAGAAAACCACAGCAUGCUGAGCAGCACUGUCGAUGCGGCCAAUUCGAAUGGCACAGAUGAGAUAAUGCGGCUACCAACUGUACCGAUCAGUGAGCCGACAACAAAAUCAUCGCGUGUCAAACGCGCCACAGUCGUUGGAAAUCCAAUGUUCUCGGCCACCGUUGAUGACACACUGCCCCCGGGCGAGCGUCUGGGUCUUGACGAUCUCGACAUGGACUACGAACAGAUCAUGCACUAUUUUGAUAACCUUAAGGAGUCAAAUGCCUGAGUACAAGAGAUCAUUGCUAAAAUUCGCGAGAUAUUGUCCACAUUUCACCAACGAUACCAGAAUGUCGUCACGCCCCUAAACACGCCCACACACAAGCAGAUUCAAAUGCUCGAUGAGUUGGUUGUGGCCGCCACGGCUAAGCAAACGCGAUUCGAUGUGUACGAUGGUGCGUAUAAUAUAGAAAGCAGACAGUUCUAAAAGGAGCGAUCUGCCUCGGUCCGCCUCUCUCUCUGCCUGUCUGUCUUGUCUAUAUAGAGUAGGGAAACACUACACAACCACACACACACACACAAACAGCCACAUAUAACCGCAAUUCUAGCAAUACAACUUUAAACGGCUAAUGGCAAUUUAUAACAAUGAAGUGCGAACAGGUAAUCGCCGCUGAAAUCAAGUCAAGAAAACAUAAGAAAUAAAUGAAAAACAUAUUUAUUACUAGCUUAAGUUCUCAUAUAAAGAAAAAGGAGCAUAUAUAUAUAUAGAUCUAUAUAUAUAUAUAUAUCUAUAAUAUUUGUUCGAUAUAUGUAUUGUAUAUGCAUUUAAUGAGGGGCGUAACAGGCGGCACCUAGUACAAGUCGUCGCAAGUUUUAUGCAAAUGCAAACAAUGUUUGAACAAUCAAAGUACAUAGAUACAUAUACCUAACUAUAACCCACUUAUGAAGCAUAGCUUGUUACAUUUACCUAAAUUAGAGAAGCCCAAUUUUUUUCGAUGGAAUUCGCUUAUGCGCUUAAAAAUUAAUUGAAUACGAUGCUUGCGUUUAACGCUCGAGUCUGCGGCAGUCACAAGAGACUGUCCAGCUUGGGUCUUGCCUAUCAAAAGUUCACUCACAUGCAAUACAUUUGAUACAUUUUUCUUACGAUCUCGCCCUCAUAUGCAUAUCUACCUAUCUACCUACCUACCUACCUACCUACUUACUACAAUUUCAAUAAUCAAGCUUUGUUUUGAAUGUUAUUAGACACGUUGUUUGAUUUAAUAGCGCACGUUUAUGUUGUUUCCCCCACCCCCCCUCGAGUUUGUGUCAAACACUACCCUAGCACAUUGCUUCUGUUUAUCGCUUAUCGAUCAGUUACAUUCAAUUAUAUAUGCAGAUGGAAACAUAUAGAUCACAUGAUAAUGCACACUUGUGCUAUGUGCUGUGCACCGUACCCACAAAAGUCGCUAGAAUUUAAAACUGAAUCUAAUAUAAUAAAUAAAUAAAAGAUAUAUAUACCUAACUGCAUAAAAGGCAGCGCUCUAAACCUUAAAGCUAAAUAUGUAUAUGCCUCUUAACAUGAUAAUGAAAGAACAUCGCUUUAUAACUGUAUAAGUUGAUCUUGACACGAUAUACAAAAAACGACAAGCCUAUAAUUAUAUUCCAAUCAAUCUACACGAGCCAAGCAGAAGGGAGCCAACCAGCCCCAUGAAAAUAUAUAGACGCUUAUGAGCUUUAUUUGGUCGAUUGCAUGAAAAACACAGGCAACAAAUAAAGUAUGAGAAAAUGUAUAACCAAAUAUUAUAUGA